AAAGCUCAGGUGAUACAAAGAGUGGAAAGAACACAUAUAUGGAGUAGGGAAUAAUUAGGAGUGAGGUAGGGUCAUAUAUGGCCGGCCUGAAUUCUAUACAUAUAGCCGCUCGUGAAUCGUGAUUGAGAUCAAACAACAAUUUUAUUAAGAAUCCACACAUUCCAACUAAGCAGUUCUACUUAUUAGAUAUGGGAAUGCUGUCCAAAAUAGCUACCAACGAUGGGCAUGGAGAAAACUCGGCCUAUUUUGAUGGCUGGAAGGCUUAUGACAGUGACCCUUUUCAUCCAAAAAAUAACCCUCAUGGUGUUAUUCAGAUGGGCUUAGCAGAAAACCAGCUCUGCUUUGAUUUGAUUAAGGAGUGGGUAGUAAACAACCCCAAAGCAUCCAUUUGUACGGCUGAUGGUGCAGAAAAGUUCAAAGAUAUUGCUCUUUAUCAAGACUACCAUGGAUUACCUGAAUUCAGAAAUGCUGUAGCAAAAUUCAUGGGAAAAGUAUGAGGAGACAGAGUAAAGUUUGACCCCGAUCAUAUCGUUAUGAGUGGAGGUGCAACAGGAGCUCACGAAAUGCUAGCUUUCUGUUUGCUGAAUCCGGGCGAAGCCCUUUUGGUCCCAACCCCAUAUUAUCCCGGAUUUGAUAGAGACUUGAGGUGGAGAACACAGGUUGAGCUUUAUCCGGUGGUCUGUGGAAGUUCGAAUGACUUCAAACUUACAAGAAAUGCACUUGAAUCAGCCUUUAAGGAAGCCUUAGACCAGAACAUAAGAGUGAAAGGCUUGCUCAUUAACAACCCUUCCAAUCCACUCGGUACCGUUCUUGAUCGGAGGACCCUCCAAGACAUUGUACGCUUCAUCAAUGACAAGAACAUCCACCUCAUAUGCGAUGAAAUCUACGCAGCCACGGUCUUCGACACCCCCGAGUUCAUCAGUAUAGCUGAGGUAAUGCAAGAAGUGAGAUGCAAUCAAGACCUAAUACACAUUGUCUACAGCCUGUCCAAGGACCUAGGAUUUCCCGGUUUCCGGGUUGGGUUAGUUUACUCGUAUAAUUCCUCUGUUGUGAGUUGUGCGAGAAAAAUGUCGAGUUUCGGGUUAGUCUCAACUCAAACACAACACAUGAUUGCUUCGAUGCUUUCGGACGAGGAAUUUGUAGGGAAAUUCAUCCAUGAAAGCUCGGAGAGGUUGAGGAAGAGGCAUCGGGAUUUCACGAGAGGGUUGUCCCGAUUCGGUAUCAACACACUGAAGAGCAAUGCAGGCCUAUUUGUGUGGAUGGAUUUGAGAAGGCUACUUAGAGAACAGACAUUCAAAGCGGAAUUAGAGCUAUGGAAAGUGAUCAUUCAUGAGGUGAAGUUGAAUGUAUCCCCUGGAGGUUCUUUCCAUUGUUCGGAACCUGGUUGGUUCCGAGUGUGCUUUGCUAAUAUGGAUGAGGAGACUAUGAGGGUGGCGCUUAUGAGGAUAUGGAAGUUUGUGCUUCAAGCGGAGGUGUGGUCCGCAAAGAAGAAGUGCAAGAGAACAUUAAAAAUUAGUUUAUCGUUUCGGGGAUUGAACGAUGUUGGUUUAAUAUCUUCCUCUCCUCACUCUACUAUGAACACUCCCUUGGUCCAGGCAACCCCGUAACAAAUAAUGGAUUUCUGUUUUAAUAAUAGUCAAUACUAUUUUAAAAUGAAAUAUAAUAUGGAUUAUUAAAUAUAUUAAUUAAAUAUCAAUUAUCACAUUACUAACCUUAGAAAGUUGUAUCACUCAAGAAUCUUUAUUCGAACGUCAUCCACUCUGGGCAAAUAGAUCUGUUACGUCGUCACUUGUAAAGAAUUGAUGAACUUCAAUCUUGUUCCGUUUUUUAUAUCAUGUCCGGA